AUCGGGUUAUUAAAAGCUUAGCUGGUGGUUCCCCUCCAGCUUGCUGCAAUUCAUCAGGCAAUGGCUCCCUGGGAGUGAUGGAUGGUGACAAAUGAAGGAAAAGGGCCAGAGAAUGUCGACCCAGGCAGCAGGGAACCAGACCUCGUCCGGGACCACAGACGACGAUGACUCCUACGGCAGCUGGUACAUCGACGAGCCCCAGGGUGGCCAGGAACUCGAGCCGGAAGGGCUGGUGCCCUCCUGCCACCCCAGUGUGCCACCCGGCCUCUACCACGCCUGCCUGGUCGUGCUGUCGAUCCUCGUGUUGUUGCUGCUGGCCAUGCUGGUGAAGCGCCGCCAGCUCUGGCCCCACUGUGGGCACGGCAGGCCUGGGCUCCCCAGCCCUGUGGAUUUCUUGGCUGGGGACAGGCCCCGGACCGUGCCUGCUGCCAUCUUCACGGUCCUCUUCAGCUCCCUGUGUUUGCUGCUCCCCACUGAGGACCCACUGCCUUUCCUGACUCUCGCCUUACCACCCGGCCAAGAUGGGGAAACUGAGACUCCAAGAGGGCCGUGGAAGAUACUGGCUCUGCUCUAUUACCCUGCCCUCUACUAUCCCCUGGCUGUCUGUGCCACGGUCAGGCAUGGAGCUGCACACCUGCUCGGCAGUGUGCUGUCCUGGGCUCAUCUGGGGGUCCAAGUCUGGCAAAGGGCAGAGUGUCCGGUGUCACCCAAGAUCUACAGGUACUACUCCCUGUUGGCCUCUCUGCCUCUCCUUCUGGGCCUCGGAUUCCUGAGCCUUUGGUACCCGGUGCAGCUGGUGAAAAGCUUCAGUCAUGGGGCAGCAGCGGGUUCCAAGGGGCUGCAGAACAGCUACUCUGAAGAAUAUCUGAGGACCCUCCUUUGCCAGAAGAAGCUGAAAAGCAGCUCCCGCACGUCCAAGCAGGGCUUCCUGUCCCGGGCCUGGAUCUACUUCAGACACUACCUCUAUACUCCACAGCGAGGAUUCCGACUCCCCCUGAAGCUGGUGCUUUCAGUCACCCUGACAGGGACGGCCAUCUACCAGGUGGCCCUGCUGCUUCUGGUGGGCGUGGUACCCACCAUCCAGAAGGUGAGGGCAGGGAUCACCACGGACGUCUCCUACCUGCUGGCUGGCUUUGGGAUCGUGCUCUCAGAGGACAGGCAGGAGGUGGUGGAGCUGGUGAAGCAUUACCUGUGGGCUGUGGAAGUUUGCUACAUCUCGGCCUUGGUUCUGUCUUGCUUUCUCACCUUCCUCAUGCUGACCCGCUCGCUGGUGACACACAGGGCCAACCUGCAAGCUCUGCACCGAGGGGGCGCCCUGGACCUGGGCGCCCGGCCCCCGAGCCCUCGCCCCUCCCGCCAGACCAUAUUUUGUUGGAUGAGCUUCACUGCCUACCAGACUGCUUUUACCUGCCUUGGGCUGCUGCUGCAGCAGAUCCUCUUCUUCCUGGGGACCUUGGCCCUUGCCUUCCUGGUGUUCAUGCCCGUGCUCCACGGCAGGAACCUUCUGCUCCUCCGAUCCCUGAAGUCCUCAUGGCCCUUCUGGCUGACCUUGACCCUGGCUGUGACCCUGCAGAACAUGGCAGCCCACUGGGUCUUCCUAGACACUCACCAUGGACGCCCAGAGCUGACCAACCGACGAGCACUCUAUGCAGCCACCUUCCUUCUCUUCCCCAUCAACGUGCUGGUGGGUGCCAUGAUGGCCGCCUGGCGAGUGCUGCUCUCUGCCCUCUACAAUGCUGUCCACCUUGGCCAGAUGGACCUCAGCCUGCUGCCACCUAGAGCCGCCACUUUCGACCCCGGCUACCACACAUACUGCAACUUCUUGAAGAUGGAGGCCAGCCAGUCACAUCCAGCCUUGACAGCCUUCUGUGCCCUGCUCCUGCGAACUCGGAGGCCCCAGCCCCGCACGGUCCCCCGGGAUGGCCUCAGACUGGGGGAGGAAGAGGAAGGGAUGCAGCUGCUGCAGACCAAGGACCGGGUGGCCAAGGGAUCAGGGCCCAGGGUAGGCCGAGGCAGGGCCCGCUGGGGUCUGGCAUACACGCUGCUGCACAACCCAGCCCUGCAGGCAUUCCGGAAGACAGCCCUAUCAGAUGCCCGGGCCAACGGUGCCCAGCCCUGA